AUGGCCGUACAGCAGCAUCCAGUCCUGAAGAAGAAAGGAACUGCGGCGACGAUAAAGAAGGCGCCCAAACGCCCCAAUAACAGUGGCCCCAAACCUGCUAAAAAAGCAAAGCCCACGCCGCCUCCGGGUGCGGUCCCCCAAGAUGGGAGCUCUGACGACGACAUGGAAGAGGACAACGGCCCAUACUGUCUUUGCCGCGGCCCAGACGACCACAGGUGGAUGAUUUUUUGUGAAAAUUGCGAGGACUGGUUUCACGGCGAGUGCAUAAAUCUGAGCAAGGAGAUUGGAGAGUCCCUCAUCGAGAAGUUUAUCUGCCCCAACUGCACGAAUGAGAACCUCACGUCACUGUACAAGAAGUCGUGCGCCUUGAGCGGCUGUCGUAGGGCGGCUCGCAUGACGGAAGCGAACCAGAGUGUAUUCUGUUCAAAUGAACACGCGCAGAGUUGGUGGGAGCGAAUGGUCGCAAAGUUGCCGAAGACUAAGGGCAAGGCUGGAUUCAACGAUCAAUUGGUUCAAGAGGAUUUUAUGGCACUAUUGGGGAGUGGACUCUCCGGCCUUGACGAGGAGGGAAUGUGGAGGUUAGUGAAAGCGCCAUUCUCUGACGAUGCUCUAAAAGGGGCAGAUGGUGCUCCAUCCACUGAUGAUGAUCACCUCGAAAAUAUUCUGUCUGAGGAGGAAAAGGAAUUUCUCGACAAUGCAGCUACAGCACGUUUCCAUCUAGCCGAGGAGACCAUUCUUUGUCACAAGAUGCUCACCCUCAUCGAGCUCGCCCAGGAGCGCCGGCGCGCCGCCAUAAACGCUGGCCGUUUCGGAGAAGACAUCUGCGGUUACGACCGGCGCCUCGACACCAUUGGCGCGAGAGACGCUUUCGCGGCGUUUGCCAAGUCGCCCGAGGGCGAAGUCAUCUUCAAGGCGUCGAAGAUGGGAGACCCAGCCGGCGAAGGCGACGAGGUCCGGGGCAUGUGCGAGCGGAAGCGAUGCAAGGUUCACAGUGGAUGGCAAAAGAUGUUGGCACUGGGGAUCAAGCACCAGAUCCGGGAGAUGGCAGGCCAGGCUACAGAGGUCGGCGAGGAGGAGAAGGUGGUGAGGGUGGCGGCCGGCGAGCGGUGGCGGAGGAAGAAAGCUGAGAAGAACUGGGUGGAGGUUCUGGAUGGAUGA